AUGUUUAAGAAGAUUGUCUUGGCCGGCAUGGUCGCCUCUGUGAGCGCCCACAUGAAGAUGUCCAACCCUGCUCCCUACGACAAUGACAAGUUGACCAACGGGCCCCUUGAUGCCAGUGGUAGCGAUUUUCCCUGCAAGAAUCCCAACUACGCUGUACUUCCAUCCACGGCCAAUAGUUAUGCCCAGGGAAGCAAGCAGACCCUGAAGUUCCUCGGCACUGCCGUUCACGGUGGCGGCUCAUGUCAGCUCUCCCUCACAACCGACGAAAAGCCCACCAAGAACUCUGUAUGGAAGGUUAUCAAAUCCAUCGAAGGAGGCUGCCCGGCAAAAGAUGCCGCAGGGAACUUGGCGGGCAACAGCGCUGCGAUGCCCGACCCAUUCACAUACGACUUUACCAUUCCCAAGGACCUGCCCGCCGGCAAAUACACCCUGGCCUGGACCUGGUUCAACAAGAUUGGCAAUCGUGAAAUGUACAUGAACUGUGCCCCCAUCAGCAUCACCGGCUCCGGCGGCUCCCAGAGCUACCUGGGUGGCUUGCCGGACAUGUUUGUCGCCAACAUUGGCAACGGCUGCGGGACCAAGGACAGCACGGAUUUGAAGUUCCCCGACCCCGGCAAGGACGUUGACCAGUUUGGCCUCAAGACCUCUGCAGCUUUGGCACCGCCCACGGGCAAUUGCAAGGCUGGAGGCGGCGGCGGCGCUCAGCCUACGGGCGGCGGUUCUCAACCCCAACCCACGUAUGCUCCUCAACCUACCUCGGCUCCCCAGCCGAGCCAACCUCCUCAGCCGAGUCAACCUGCCGGCGUCAGCAACAGUAUUCCCGGUGGUGUGUUUGUGACCGUGAGCCAGGGUCAAGGCCAGAAUCCCAGCCAGCCUGCUCCUACUAGCCAAGCACCCGCUCCCACGAACCAAGCACCCGUUCCUACCGACAACGCCCCGCCGCCCAGCCCUACCAACGGCGGCAGCGGUCCGGCUCCCACAACCGGGACUGGCGGCGGCAGUGGAGGUGGCGGUGGUGCAGGGGGCUUCGCCGCAGGAACUGCUUGCACUUCCGAGGGCAUGUGGAACUGCAUUGGCGGAACCUCUUUCCAGCGCUGUGCCGCUGGUGCUUGGUCUGCGACUCAGAAUGUUGCCUCUGGAACCAGCUGCACUCCCGGACAAGGCGCUGAGCUAAAGGUGUCCGGAGGCCGGGCGAGCAAGCGCCGCCUCCGCCGCGGCUUGCGGUUCUCGUUUUAA